AUGGCUCCGGAUAAAACCCUUCAAUCCCGCCUUCCACCCCUCGCCCCCUCCCUCUUUGACGCCAAGAAGAAGAAGGGCUACACCUUUGCCGAUAUCGCCUCCAAACUCGGCAACCGUGACGAAGUCUGGGUUGCUGCCCUGUUCUACGGACAAGCGAAGCCGGACAAUGAGGAUAUCAAGAAGUUGGCGGAGGUGUUGGAUGUCAGGGAGAGUUAUUUGGUUGAGGAGUAUGGUGAGGAUUUCUUCCCCGACAAGGGCAAGCUCGUCGACAUGCCCCCCCGCGACCCUCUGAUCUACCGUCUCUACGAAAUGGUCUCCAUCUACGGCUACGCUUACAAAGCCAUCAUCCAUGAGAAGUUCGGUGAUGGGAUCAUGUCUGCGAUUUCUUUUUCUACGAAGAUUGAGAAGGAGGUCGAUGAGGCCGGGACUUGGGUUAAGAUUACGCAGAGGGUCCCUGAAUCUGUGCCUGCCAGGCUGUCGUACACGUCGUACACCCAAGUCGCGCGCUCAGUCCUCGAGGGAACAAAGCCGCAUACACUCCCUAAACUUCGCAAACACACGACCAGGUCAACCGCAGUUGCAAUGGUUGCCGUUCUAUCCCGGCUAUCCCGAAACCUCUACCUAACCCUCGCCCUCUUCACCCUCCUCUGCACCAUCGCCAACGCCGCCGUCCUCGCAAUCGAUUACGGCCAAGAAUGGACGAAAGCAGCGCUUGUGAAGCCUGGUGUGCCGAUGGAGAUCGUACUGACGCGGGAUUCGAAGAGGAAGGAGAUGAGUGUUGUGGGGUUCAAGGGGGAUGAGAGGUUAUAUGGACAAGAUGCGUUUAACUUGGCGGCGAGGAAGCCGGAGUCGGUAUAUCCGGGGUUAAAGAGCAUUAUGGGACAGUUCUCGGAGUCGGAGAUCGUUGAGGAAUACCUCGCGCUCCACCCCGCGAACGUUCUGAUCCCCUCCGACCGCUCCACCGUCACCUUCAAGCAAAAGAAGGACGACUACACACUCGAAGAGCUCCUAGCGAUGCAAUUUGCAAACAUGAAAUCCCAAGCCGAAGCAAUGGCCAACGGCGAACCAAUCCGCGACACAAUCAUCACAACCCCACCAUACCUAACCCAGUCCGAGCGACUCGCACUCAUCGAUGCCGCGGAAAUCGCGGGAUUGAGGGUAUUGGAACUAAUGAGUGAUGGUGUGGCGAUUGGGGUUAAUUAUGCUACGGGACGGAACUUUGGGGAGGAAGUGCAGUGGCAUGUUGUGUAUGAUAUGGGGGCUGGGAGUACGACUGCGAGUGUUGUCUCCUUCCGCUCAGCCAGCGUGAAGGAUGUCGGACGAUACAACAAGACGGUCACGCAGGUCAAUGUUGAGGGAGUUGGUUAUGACCGUUCCUUGGGCGGCAACGCAUUCAAUACCCGUCUCGUGGAGCACUUCACCGACGUCUGGGAACAAGGCCCCGGAAAGAAAGCCGGAUCAUCGAUUCGGGGGAAUGGACGCGCGAUGGCGAAGUUAGCAAAGGAAGCGGUGAGGGUGAAACAAGUCCUCAGCGCAAACACCGAGGCACGCCUGUCCAUCGAGUCCUUCCACGAAGACAUCGACUUCCGCGCCCGCAUCACCCGCGCAGAGUUCGAAUCUCUCACCGCUGACCUCGCUGCUCGUGUCACCCUCCCCGUUCAAACCGCCCUCGAUCAAGCCGGUCUCUCCAUCUCCCAAAUUGAAUCCGUUAUCUUGGCCGGAGGGAAUAACCGUAUCCCAGCUGUCCAGCGCGCGUUGGAGAAUGAGGUAGGCGCGGAGAAAAUUGCGAAGAAUGUCAAUGCGGACGAGGCGGCUGUCAUGGGGGCUGUGUUCAGAGGGGCGGGGUUGAGUGGGUUGUUUAAGGUGAAGGAGAUUCAGGUUGGGGAUGUUGCGUUGCAUCCGGUGAAGGUUGGGAAGGAGGAGUUGUUUGGGGUUGGAGCACCCGUUGGAUCUGCGAAGAACGUUACCUUCAAAGAGAGUGGUGACUUCAAGGUCGACGUGAUGUACGCUUCCCAGGCUUCCUUGCCAACUGGUAUGCCAUGCGAGAUCUUUGCUGUCAACGUCGGCGGUUUGAAAGAUGCCCUCGCCAAGGUCUCAUGUUCUGAUCCGGCUGUCAAGGUCACAUUCGAGAUUGAUAACUCGGGGUUGGUCGGUGUGCAGCGGGCGUUUGUGGAGUGUGAGGUCGAUAAAAAGAAUUUGGCGGGGAAGUUGAAGGGGUUGUUUGGUGGUAAAGAAGACAGCACUUCUUCCGAUUCUUCCGCGUCCGCGUCGGCGUCUGCAACGCCUGAUGCUGAGGUGGGGAAGAAGAGCGAGUUUGUGCCGUUGACGUUCGAUGUUGAGUAUACCGGUGUCAAGCCUUACGGUGCCGCCGAAAAAGCCGCUUCGCUUAAGAAGUUGCAGAGUCUUGAUCAGCUCGACCGGAAGCGUCAUGCCCGCGAGGAAGCACGAAAUGGACUCGAGGCAUACAUCUACGGUACUCGUGACCAACUCGAUUCCGAGGACUUCGACGCCGCGUCAAGCGACUCUGACAAGAAGGUGCUCCAGAGUGUUUUGGAUGAGGUCACUGAGUCCCUCUACGAAGAUGGGGAUACGGCUACGAGGGAGGAGUUGUUGGAGAGAAUGAGGAGGUUAGAGAAAGUUGCUAAACCGAUCAGCGAGAGGGUGAAGGAACAUCGGUCGAGGCCGGAGAAAGUCGCGGCGUUGGAGAAGGUUGUGGAAAACUUUAAGAGAUUUGUGGAGGGUGUGAAGGAGCAGAUCCAAUCUGCGACUGCGAGUGCAUCGAUCACGAGGUUGAGUGAGGAUCAGCUGCUGGAGGAGGAGGGGUCUUCAAGCCCUGCCGCCUCGGCUCCUGCUGAGGUCGUCCCGCCAUUGUUCAGUGCCGAGGAGUUGGAGAGGAUCUCCAACACGGUGACUGAAGUCGAGAAGUGGUUGACGAAGAACAAGGCCGCUCAGGCUGCCUUGAAGAUCUGGGAUACACCAGCGUUCUUGGUGCACCAGGUCGAGGAGAAGGCAAAACAGUUGCAGGAUGAGUUGACGAAGAUGCUGAACAGGAAGCCUCCGAAGGCGAAGAAGAACGGGAAUGAGAAGAAGAACAGCGCGACGAGGACGGCGUCGGCGUCGGCGUCGGCGUCGAGUAGCUCUACUUCUGAUACGGCGAAAGCGAGUACGAGUGCUGCACUGGAGACUCAUGAUGAGCUCUGA